UGCUGAGGGGGUGGGGACUGGUGCCCUCUCUUUGAUCUCUUCCCUGGGCAGGAACUGGGGGCCUCUAGCCAGGACCUGGUACACAUCAGGCGUGGAGGGAGUGUGUGCGGAAUGAGUGAGGGGCACCCGUUCUCUCGUCAAAGCCGAUCCAGGGUGAAUCUGUAUUGCAAAAUGGUUACGAACCCAACUGCUGGCGGGUCUGGGUUCAAAUCCUGAUUCUUCCACUUCUGGACUGUGUACCUUCGGCAAGUUACUUAGCUUCCCUGUGCCUUAAAGGUGGGGAUCAGGAAAGUACUUUUUUGUGGCGUUAUGGGGAGGAUUAAAUCAGAUCAUGCAUGUGAAGCAUUAGGGGCAGUCUGAUGUUACAGAGCAAGUGCUCAAUAAACGCUAGAGUUGCUUCUCUUCAUUAUUAGUCACGGCUUUCUGCAGGAACCCCCGACCCUUCCCCUCCCGACCCUCCCAGUGGUGCUCUAGCAGCGAAGAACUGAUGGCCGGUGGGAGGAGUGGGGGGGGGGAGGGGGGCAACCUUUCCAGCACUUCAGAUUCCUGGAUUCUAAUACCCUUCCAGUCUCACUUUCUUGCUGCCUCAGUUUCCCCACUGUUGGAGCCCACCGACAUCUGGGUUGCAAGUUUGCCAAAUAGCCAGAGGCCCAGAGAGGAGCCUGGGGGACUUAGGACAUGUCCCUCCCGGUCUGCCAGCACUUCUCAGGCUGAGCUUUCCCUCCCCCGGGCUGCUUGGCUCAGAUCAACUUUAGCACCCCUCCCACCAUCCCAUCCCUGCUGCUCUGUUCUUCACCAGGCUGAAACGCUACAUUCUGUCCUUAAAUGGCUUAACUGGUUGCCUCCUCUCCUUCCUGGCCUAAGAGGUCAGGGACCUUCCUUGGGGAGAGCCAUGGCAGUGUGGAGCUGUGACUUGGAUGGCAGCUGUUAGGCCUGCCCCAGGGUCCAGGGUCCCCUAGAUUCCCUGUACCCUGCCUGGACAUUUUCCCCAAGUGUGGCAGAGCAGUGCCCAGGCCCGGGAUAUGUAUAGAAGCCCAGAUGGGCCUGCCUGGCACCUGCUGUACACAAGCCUGCAGGGAGGAGGCAUCCUGAACCCCCGGGGGUGGGGUGGGGUCAUAUUGGCAUCCAUCGUGGCCAGAGGACUCUUUCCCUGGGCUGCUUGAGUGUGGGCAGUGCUGGAAAGAGUUCUGCUUCAGCCCUGUGUGCCGUGGGGCAGGGAGGAUGCUGAGUGACCCUGGGUGAGCAGGGCCCGGUAGGCCCUGGGGUAGGAGUGAGAUAGUGGAGGGGCUGAGGCUUGGGAACUUCUGGAUGAGGAGCCCAGGAGUAGGCAGCAGGCAUGGGGUACCCACAACAAGGGGAGCUCUGCAGACGGGUGGUUUGGAUCUUCUGGGGAGCGAGUAUUCAAAUCUCAGGACAAAGAGGAUUAAGAUGUGGCAGAGCUAGGAUCCCAGGGCUCCUGGGUCUGAGACCUGGGCUUGGCUGGUCGGUACCAAGAUGAGGACCUGGUACUCUGGCCUGGUACCAAGAUGAGUGGGCUGGAGACCCUGGCUCUGCUCCUUCUGGGACCAGAGAGGACACCUCCCUUCUAUGGGCCUGAAAGUGAGGGCUCAGAGUUGGCCUGGGCCAUGCCUCACUGCCGGGCUGGCCAUGCUGCCUAUGCCCAGCCCCUGGGGCCUGUUCCUUGGGCAGGCUGGGGCUAUUUUUGGGAUCGGGCUGGGGCUCUGGGGCUGGUUUCAGAUGUUCCAAUGUGAACAGGAGAAAAUGGGAACAGAUGGCUGGAGGGUUCCAAUCAGCGGGUCCUGCUGGGAGCAGGUUAUUUUUAGGGCCUUGUUAACCCUUUGGGGGCUCGGGGAGCCACCCUGAGAGGGACAGCCCUCUCUAGUUGAGAAGAGGACAGGUCUUCUCCCUGGACCCAUGCUUUCCAGAACUGCCUGUGCCAGUUGCUUUUCUUGCUCUCUUGGACCCUUUAAAGAUGCGCAUGGCAAGAAAGGAGGCCCCAGCUUCCUCCAGCCCAAACCCUACAGGAUACUACCAAGGGGUCAGACGGGGAGAGGGAUGCCUGGCUGGAGGAUACAGGCCACUACUGAAGGAAAACCCCUCCCACUUGCCUCCUGAGGCUUUGAGACACACACCUGAAGCUAAGAGAGCGGAGAACGUUAUCACUUUGGGGGUUCACACUCUGGGUUCAAGUGUAUGUCAGUACAUCUACUGAUGCCCAGGGGAGUGCUAGCUGAGGGAGCUGGCCCCUUCCAGAAGGGCAGAGGAAGAGCCAAGCGUUUGUACUUGGUACCAUUGAUAUGAUGUCCACAGGCCCCAUUCCCUUGGAUACUCCAAGGGCAAGUGCCCACCUUUACCAAAUGCCCACAUAUCUGGGUGCUAUGCAGGGGGCAAAGAAGGGGAUAUCAGGGCCAAAGGUGGUUUCCUGAGGGCUUGAGUAUGUCAUACGUGUUCUGUUAGCUGUUUCACUACUAGUAUCUCACCCUGUAAAUGUAUCCUCAUUUUGCAGAUGAGGAAACGGGCUCAGAGGGACAAGUCCCGUAGCUCAGAAAGGGCGGGAUGUCACUGGCACCUUGUCUGUCUGACUGCAAACCCAGUUCUCACUGCCCUGCAUCACUCGCACUGCCUGCCAGUGUCCCGACCCCAGAAGUCCGUGCUCCAGUACCGAGUACCUGGCUGGGCCCUGGGCACGCACAGGGGCCGUAGCCCCACUGUGUGUGGGAGCCAUGAGGAUCCUGGCUAACAAGACAAGGUUACCCCACCCCAGGAGGAGAGAAGCUCCAGGGAGCCCGCCGCUCUCCCCACGCGGCCACUGCCCCCCAGCCCCAGCCAAGCCAAUGCACCCAGAAAAUAAGUUGACCAAUCAUGGCAAGACAGGGAAUGGCGGGGCCCAAUCCCAGCACCAGAAUGUGAACCAAGGACCCACCUGCAACCUGGGCUCGAAGGGCGUGGGGGCGGGGAACCAUGGGGCCAAGGCCAACCAGAUCUCACCUAGCAACUCAAGUCUGAAGAACCCCCAGGCAGGGGUGCCCCCUUUCAGCUCGCUCAAGGGCAAGGUGAAGAGGGAGAGGAGCGUGUCUGUGGACUCUGGAGAGCAGCGAGAGGCUGGGACCCCAUCCCUGGAUUCAGAGGCCAAAGAGGUGGCACCCCGGAGUAAGCGGCGUUGUGUGCUGGAGCGGAAGCAGCCGUACAGUGGGGACGAAUGGUGUUCAGGACCCGACAGCGAGGAGGACGACAAGCCCAUUGGGGCCACCCACAACUGUAAUGUAGCAGACCCAGCCAUGGCGGCCCCACAGCUGGGUACCGGCCAAGCCGCCCAACUGCCCCUCAGCGAGAGCAGCGCCCCAGGCGCCCCCCACGGGCCUCCGCCAGGCCUCCGGCCUGAUGCCCCUGGGGGCGGGGGCGGGGGCGUCCCCGGAAAGCCUCCCUCGCAGUACGUGUAUGUCUUCACCACCCACCUGGCCAACACGGCUGCUGAGGCGGUGCUUCAGGGCCGGGCCGACUCCAUCCUGACCUACCACCAGCAGAACGUGCCCCGGGCCAAGCUGGACCAGGCCCCGAAAGUGCCACCUACCCCAGAACCGCUACCCCUAAGCACGCCGUCAGCAGGCACGCCGCAGCCCCAGCCACUGCCGCCGCCCCCGCCGCCCCCCGCCCCUGGCAGCGCACCGCCCGCCCUGCCUUCAGAGGGUCCUCCCGAGGACACCGGUCAGGACCUGACACCCAACUCCGUGGGAGCCGCCAGCACGGGCGGUGGCGCCGGGGGCACCCACCCCAACACCCCUACAGCCGCCACCGCCAAUAACCCGCUGCCUCCUGGAGGAGACCCCGGCAGCGCCCCGGGCCCUGCCCUGCUGGGGGAGGCCGCCCCCACCGGGAACGGGCAGCGGAGCCUGGUGGGCUCGGAAGGCCUGUCCAAGGAGCAGCUGGAGCAUCGGGAGCGCUCCCUCCAGACGCUUCGAGACAUUGAGCGGCUGUUGCUCCGCAGCGGGGAGACCGAGCCCUUCCUCAAGGGGCCCCCAGGAGGAGCCGUGGAGGGGGGCCCACCAGCACAAGCCCCUCCCGCCCCCCAGCAGCCCCCUGCGGCCCCUCCCAGCGGGCUGAAGAAGUACGAGGAGCCCUUGCAGUCCAUGAUUUCACAGACGCAGAGCCUAGGGGGCCCCCCGCUGGAGCAUGAAGUGCCUGGGCACCCCCCGGGCGGCGACAUGGGGCAACAGAUGAACAUGAUGAUGCAGAGGCUGGGUCAGGACAGCCUGACGCCGGAGCAGGUGGCCUGGCGCAAGCUGCAGGAGGAAUACUACGAGGAGAAGCGGCGGAAGGAGGAGCAGAUUGGGCUGCACGGGGGCCGCCCGUUGCAGGACAUGAUGGGCAUGGGGGGCAUGAUGGUGAGGGGGCCGCCGCCUCCCUACCACAGCAAGCCUGGGGAUCAGUGGCCACCAGGGAUGGGUGCCCAGCUGCGGGGACCCAUGGACGUCCAAGAUCCCAUGCAGCUCCGGGGCGGACCUCCCUUUCCCGGCCCCCGUUUCCCCGGCAACCAGAUGCAACGGGUGCCUGGGUUUGGGGGCAUGCAGGGUAUGCCCAUGGAGGUGCCCAUGAACGCCAUGCAGAGGCCUGUGAGGCCGGGUAUGGGCUGGACCGAAGACUUGCCCCCCAUGGGGGGCCCCGGCAAUUUUGCCCAGAAUGCUGUGCCCUACCCAGGGGGGCAGGGCGAAGCAGAGCGAUUCAUGACCCCUCGGGUCCGGGAGGAGCUACUGCGGCACCAGCUGCUGGAGAAGCGGUCGAUGGGCAUGCAACGCCCCCUGGGCAUGGCAGGCAGCGCCAUGGGGCAGGGCAUGGAGAUGGAGCGGAUGAUGCAGGCACAUCGGCAGAUGGAUCCGGCCAUAUUCCCCGGGCAGAUGGCUGGUGGCGAGGGCCUGGCGGGCACCCCCAUGGGCAUGGAGUUUGGUGGAGGCCGGGGCCUCCUGAGUCCCCCCAUGGGGCAGUCUGGGCUGAGAGAGGUGGACCCUCCCAUGGGGCCAGGCAACCUCAACAUGAACAUGAAUGUGAACAUGAACAUGAACAUGAACCUGAACGUCCAGAUGACCCCACAGCAGCAGAUGCUGAUGUCGCAGAAGAUGCGGGGCCCGGGGGACAUGAUGGGGCCGCAGGGCCUCAGCCCUGAGGAGAUGGCCCGGGUGCGGGCCCAGAACAGCAGUGGCAUGAUGGGUGGCCCGCAGAAGAUGCUUAUGCCCUCACAGUUUCCCAACCAGGGCCAGCAGGGAUUCUCUGGGGGCCAGGGACCCUACCAAGCCAUGCCCCAGGACAUGGGCAAUACUCAAGACAUGUUCAGUCCUGACCAGAGCUCGAUGCCCAUGGGCAAUGUGGGCACCACCCGGCUCAGCCACAUGCCUCUGCCCCCCGCGUCCAAUCCUCCCGGGUCCGUGCAUUCGGCCCCCAGUCGGGGGCUGGGCAGACGGCCUUCAGACCUCACCAUCAGUAUUAAUCAGAUGGGCUCACCAGGCAUGGGGCACCUGAAGUCGCCCACCCUUAGCCAGGUGCACUCACCCCUGGUCACAUCGCCCUCUGCCAACCUCAAAUCACCCCAGACUCCCUCACAGAUGGUGCCCUUGCCUUCGGCCAACCCACCGGGACCUCUCAAGUCACCCCAGGUCCUCAGCUCCUCUCUCAGUGUCCGUUCGCCCACUGGCUCGCCCAGCAGGCUCAAGUCUCCUUCCAUGGCGGUGCCUUCUCCGGGCUGGGUCGCCUCACCCAAGACAGCCAUGCCCAGCCCUGGGGUCCCCCAGAACAAGCAGCCGCCUCUCAACAUGAACUCUUCCACCACCCUGGGCAACAUGGAACAGGGUGCCCUCCCGCCUAGCGGCCCCCGGAGCAGCUCCUCAGCGCCUCCCGCCAACCCUCCCAGCGGCCUCAUGAACCCCAGCCUGCCAUUCACUUCCUCCCCAGACCCCACGCCUUCCCAGAACCCCCUGUCACUGAUGAUGUCCCAGAUGUCCAAGUACGCCAUGCCCAGCUCUACCCCGCUCUACCACAAUGCCAUCAAGACUAUCGCCACCUCUGACGACGAGCUGCUGCCCGACCGGCCCCUGCUCCCCCCUCCGCCACCGCCGCAGGGCUCUGGGCCAGGGAUCAGCAAUAACCAGCCCAACCAGAUGCACCUGAACUCGGCUGCUGCCCAGAGCCCCAUGGGCAUGAACCUGCCAGGCCAGCAGCCCCUGUCCCACGAACCCCCACCUACCAUGUUGCCCUCCCCUACCCCUCUGGGGUCCAACAUUCCAUUGCACCCCAAUGCGCAGGGGACAGGAGGGCCCCCUCAAAACUCGAUGAUGCUGCCUCCAGGGGGCCCAGACUCCCUGAAUGCCCCCUGCGGCCCUGUGCCCAGCUCCUCCCAGAUGAUGCCCUUCCCUCCUCGGCUGCAGCAGCCCCACGGUGCCAUGGCCCCCAGUGGGGGUGGGGGUGGGGGGCCUGGCCUGCAGCAGCAUUACCCUUCAGGCAUGCCCCUGCCCCCAGAGGACCUGCCUAGCCAGCCGCCCGGCCCCAUGCCCCCUCAGCAGCACCUGAUGGGCAAAGGCAUGGCUGGGCGCAUGGGCGACGCCUACCCGCCGGGCGUGCUCCCCGGGGUGGCAUCAGUGCUGAACGACCCCGAGCUGAGCGAGGUGAUCCGGCCCACCCCGACGGGGAUCCCUGAGUUCGACUUGUCGAGGAUCAUCCCCUCUGAGAAGCCAAGCAGCACCCUCCAGUACUUCCCCAAGAGCGAGAACCAGCCCCCCAAGGCCCAGCCCCCCAAUCUGCAUCUCAUGAACCUGCAGAACAUGAUGGCGGAGCAGACCCCCUCACGGCCCCCCAACCUCCCGGGCCAGCAGGGCGUCCAGCGGGGGCUCAACAUGUCCAUGUGCCACCCCGGACAGAUGUCCUUGCUGGGCAGGACAGGUGUGCCCCCACAGCAGGGCAUGGUGCCCCACGGCCUGCACCAGGGGGUCAUGUCGCCUCCACAAGGCCUCAUGACCCAGCAGAAUUUCAUGCUGAUGAAGCAACGGGGCGUGGGGGGUGAGGUCUACAGCCAGCCCCCCCACAUGCUGUCCCCACAGGGCUCCCUCAUGGGCCCCCCGCCCCAGCAGAACCUCAUGGUGUCCCAUCCCCUGCGGCAGCGCAGCGUGUCUCUGGACAGCCAGAUGGGCUACCUCCCGGCGCCGGGCAGCAUGGCCAACCUGCCCUUCUAGCAGUCCCCGUGCGGGGCCGGAGCUGGGGCGAUACUGCAAAUAUGAUAACCUUAAGAAAGUUCCUUCCCCUCCAGUGUUGGGAUGGCCUGGGUCAAGGGGUGGGGUGGAGGGGGUGGGAGGGGCUUGUGUGGGGCGUGGCAUUUUGUGGAAACCAGAUGUGCUGGCAGCUUAAGGGGAAGUGACAAGAGCGGGGUGGGGGGUUUUGGAUUGGGGUUCCAUUUCGGCCACCACCGGGACUGCCCCUCGCCCGUUCCUCCCCAGUCCUAUGGAGCCUCUCCCUUCCCUCUUUCUCUGCCCCCACCCUCUGCAGCUGUGCUUUCGGAGUCCUGUGUCGAGUCCGUGGGGGGAGAGGGGAAGGAGGAGGUCUCCCCACUCUGUCCCUUUCCUUUCUGCCGCGAGCUUCUCUCUCCUCUUGGUUUCUUUGCUCCCACCUGUUUUUCCUUCUGUCUCUUCCUGCCUCAUUUCCUCUCCCUGCUGAUGUGGCUCACCCCCUCUCCCACCCCUCCCUGCAGGCGGCUGGCCAGGUGGGCAGGUGCCAGCCGCAGCUGUAAAUAGAGCGCUGCGCUUUUGUGCCGGUUUGUGUGUGUGCUGUAUUUCUGUGUUUUGAUAGAAGUCACAAAAAAGAAAAAAGGAUAAAAGAAAACCCUUCCCUCCCUCUUCAAAUUCUUGCCCCUUCCAUUCUCCUGGACUCAGGACCAUGCAGUCUGACACAGGUACCCAGUGUUUGCAUUGUCUCUGGGUCUGUAAGGAUACCAUUCCGGUCCCUUCCCCGAACGGUGAAAUGAAAGAUAGCCCGCACCUAAACUGAGGUCAGACCACCGAGGCUUCCUCCUGGAGAGCCCCGUCCGGGCUGAGGCCUCCCAGAGCGGCAGUCUGUCUGUUGCUGAAUGAUUCAGGAGAAUGUGUGCACGGGCGUGUGUGUUCGCCCCGCACAGGCGACACGGGGCCCUGGCUUCCCAGCUGUGGAUGGCUGGUGUCCCCCGCUGCUACACCUUGGCCAGAACUUGAAGUCCUCCCUCCCCAGUGUGGGAUGCAGGAAAGGAGGGAGAGGUGGAGGCUGUGUGGCCCCCUUGAGUGGAGCCAUGGGGUGGUGGCACGGUGGUCCACGUGGUCCUGUGCCUGCUGCGGUAGCCCUGGGCCAGGUGACCCCCGGGCCCCGUCUCUUCCAGGAACUGCCACCUACUUCUUAUCACCAAAGGCGGAAGGAAAAGGGCUUGGCUGAGUAGAUCUGUCUCUCUCCAGCCUCCAUCCUUUGAGCAUGGAUUAGAGAAAGUGUUGGAAAAGCAGGGGGCCUCCUGUCGCCUCCUCUCUGCCUGCCUUCUCACCGGCAAGGUCCCCCUGCCCCGGGCUCAGGGCUCUGUGCCCGCCCAGGCGCAGCCACUGCCUCCCCCUCAGUCCCCUGCUCUUUCCCAAAACUCCCCACCUGCCUCUGGUCAGAGCUGAAGCCAUACAGACUCAGUGUUUUGCCCCCUUGGCCCCAGGAGUAAAACACUUCUCCUUUUCUCACUUCCUUUCCUGCCUUGUGAGGUGGCAGGGCAGUUCCCUGGCCUUCUGUGCCCCGCCUCCGGGGCCGAGGGCCAUUUCUAGACAAGGGGUCUUCUGCUGUGGCCCCAUCCCCAGCCUUCCUGAUCUGCAGGGUCUGGUCUAGCAUUGGCAGCUGUGAUACAAAGGGAAUUCGCCCCACUUUUCCCAGUCUGGUGCUGUCCUCAGUCCACCGUCAGCCAGGUCAAGCGCUUCCUCUGGGGCCGGCUGGCUGCAGGCCCCUGCCUCCCCCAGCACCUUCCCAGGGGCCCAGGGCCAGGGCCCCGACAUCUGUGUUUGGGGGCCACCUAGCUUCCAUCCUGCCAGGCGCUUUGCCCACCCUGCCUCAACCUGGGCCUUGUACCCAUGAACCCCCGCCCCCCCCCACCCUGACCCAAGACUCCCCAAACUGACUCUAAGUGUUUCCUGCCCAGAGGAGAGAGGGGUCAGACCGCAAAGGGCCUAAUGCCGUCCCCAUUCUCUUCUCCCAUCUCCGCCACCAGACUAGCUUUCCAAGGUGAACUCCACAGGCCAGCCUACUUCCCUCCAUCCAUGGCCAUACCCCCAGCCAUUUUGUACCAUUAUAUAAAUAUAUAUAUAUAAAUAUAAAUAUAUAAAUACAAUAUGUGAAGACAUCUUCUCGGUUUUUAUUUUGAAACAAUUUUUAGGCUUGUUCCGGGGGUCUCUGUGCUGCCUGUACUGUAUUGACCUGUUUUAUAGGUGCCUUUUUAUUAAAAAGAGAAAAUUAAAAUCCA